AUAGGAGACUUGCCGAAUAUUCCGUGGUGGCGGCGGUGAUUGCGCCUUUUUUUGACUGGCUUGUAUUUUGGAAUGCACCCCGAAUAAUUAAUAAGGACAGCUGAGUGCUAUUCUUCGCGUGCCAGAUUUCCAAGCUAGUGGAGACGCGAGGAUUCCACUUCGCUUUCUCUCUUUCUCAUCUUCCUCCCUGCUUCCUCCACUCUCUUUAACCAUGGCGGCCUCCGGUCAGCGUCGCCCAUACCCUCAACUCGCCGAUUCACCGUCAACAGCCAGUCUGCUCCAAAGCACAGAGACCAACCACCGAAGCCCAGAGGCUGCCUUUGCCCAAGGGCCUAGAUAUUCCAACACGCAGUCGUUCACGUCGUCGGGCUCUACUUCAUGGAACGGUUCGCCCACCAAUCAAGGCGUCCUCGACCGACGCUCGUAUCAAACCAAUUCUGUAUCAGAAAAGUUCUCUCUGCCCGCUGACCCUGCUGUAUGGGGUUCGAAUGUAUCUCCCGACUUCCAGGAGCCUGAUGAUUGGAUACAUAACCCUGAUCCCAAACGCGAUCGAAAGAGCGACCGCGGCGGCAGUAUCGUCAGCUAUCGAGGUCUUACCAAUCUCGGAUGUCUCGUAGUCCUCGUCGUUGGACUCCUCGCGCUAUUCGCUGGAUAUCCUAUCAUUCAUUACUUCACUACGAACCAAUUAUCAAACCUCGGGGGGUUCAACCUUGGUGGGAUCAACGCGAGUGGACAGGUUCCGGAAAUGAUCGGCAACUAUGGUCUCAUCGACGCCGACACACCGAGUAGCGCUCACACAUACAAGUCAUUUGCGGACGGUAGCGAGUGGCAGCUCGUGUUCAGUGACGAGUUUGAGACACCAGGAAGAACGUUCUGGCCCGGUGACGAUCCGUACUGGGAGGCAGUGGACUUGCACUACUGGCAGACGAACGAUCUCGAGUGGUACUCCCCACAAGCUAUCGUCACCAAGGACGGUUCACUCGAGAUCACGAUGUCAGAGAAAGAGAUAAACAACCUCAACUACAUGAGCGGUGCUCUCACGACGUGGAACAAGUUCUGUUUCACCGGUGGGAUGAUCUUGGUGAAUGUCAGCCUCCCUGGGUCGAGUUCCGUCAGUGGCAUGUGGCCUGCUGUGUGGACUAUGGGUAAUUUAGGUCGAAUGGGCUACGGUGCAUCGCUCGACGGCCUGUGGCCGUACGUGUACGACUCCUGCGACGUCGGUACUGUGGCAAAUCAAACAUACAACGGCGGUCCUGCUGCCGCACUUAGCGGUGGUGAUCCGAGUAAUGGCGGCGCCCUAUCCUACCUGGAGGGACAGCGGCUUUCGCGCUGUACGUGUCCCGGAGAGAGUCACCCUGGUCCCUAUCACAGCGAUGGAACAUUUGUGGGACGCUCAGCUCCCGAAAUCGAUCUCUUUGAGGCGCAGGUGUCCGGAGGUGUGGACUCAGCCGGUUUAUCACAGUCGGCGCAGUGGGCGCCGAUGAACCAUGAGUAUAUCUGGGACAAUACGACUGGCAACUUUGACAUCGCAGACUCGUCUGUUACUCAGCUGAACUCGUAUGCUGGUGGUGUCUAUCAGCAAGCGACGUCUGCUGUCACUAAAGCUAACCCGGAUUGCUUCGACCAGAACACCGGAUGUUAUGAGGUUUAUGGAUACGAAUACCAGCCAGGAUAUAAGAAUCAGAGCGGUUACAUCAGCUGGGUCGCCAACGGCGAUGUCGCGUGGACCCUCGACGCAGGCGGGAUGGUCGCUGACCCGGAGACAGAGAUCAACGACCGGCCUAUCCCCCAAGAGCCAAUGUAUAUCAUCGCUAACUUGGCCAUGUCCGAGAACUUUGUUACGGUCGACGUCGCGAACCUAGUCUUUCCGACGACGAUGCGAAUUGACUGGGUGCGGGUGUACCAGCCGAAAAACGCUGUCAACAUUGGGUGCGAUCCGAAAGAUUACCCGACGGCUGCAUAUAUCCAACAGUAUGCAGACGCAUACAAUAACCCUAACUUGACGACGUGGACGGGUGACACGUCGGCGGGCGGGUACGGCCAGACGGAGCCGAAGAAUAGCUUCCUUGGCCAGUGUUAGGAUACAGCUUCAGCCAGAUUGAGCGCUUUCGAGCUUCGAGAUGAGUGGGGACUUUCAUGCAUUGGACGAUAGCAUACCGUACAGAGUUUUGGACUGUCGAGGAGAGUUUUCUUGCUGUUGUUGCUGCUAGUUUGCUAGUGCUGAGUGCCGCUUUAGCUGUUUGCUCGCUGGGCGUUGUAAAUACUGUACCGACUUUAAUGAUAUCUUCUGCUGGAGUCUGCCUGCGGGUCGUCCCUUUGGUUGUUUUUCUGGAUUUCCCCGUUCCAGCUAAAAGUCGAAUCUGGCUUCUUCGGACCCAGAUCUAUCAUUAUACUAAUUUUUCC